GAGGAAAAAAAUCGACUGAAGCACACAAUGCAGUUUCACUGUAGCGUUAUCCACCCAGGAUUCACGUUAUUGCCAGCUUUUCAGCUACCAUGAAAAAAAUAUGUAUAUAUUUAUCUGAUUUUUGACGAUCGGGAUUUCUUGUAGCGUUUUAUGAGAUCGUUUAAAGAGCACACUCGAGAGAUAAUAUUUAUUUCAACUGCGCAAACGGGGAGAUAAUUGAACUUUCCCGGACUGACUAGAUUAGACAGUGGGCCGCGGGAGGAGGAGGCUGGCCUGCGUUACGGGCUCUGACGCCGAAGCUGCAUGUCCGUGUAAACUGAGCCCGUGGCUUUGGGGCCUACACCGCUGUCGUCUAAUGGAGACCGGACUAACCGAGCAGAAGCUCGGAGAGAACGAUCAUACGCAUCGGCACCUUUUGAGUGAUGAAACUCACGAUGUCUUGACACAAAGACAGUAACGUGGAAGGAAAUAGCCUGAAGUAUACAACAGUCUGUUUUUAUGGAAAAUACAUUCUCAAUUACUCCUCAUCAGACAGUGGUGUGCUGAUGGCAUGCGUUCUUCAAUGGCCACAAAGCUGUAAGCAGACACACUAACUCCACUUUAACCUGGGGUGCCUACUUUGGUCCAGGAGGUGUUGGUUUCCCUCAGUAAAAGUAAGGUCCCUCUGUGGACCAAGGUUUUAGUGCCUUUUGUACGGACUGUGUAGGGUUCGAUUCGACAUGGAUGGGCCAAGUCGAAGUGGAGGGUUGAGACAGAGCCGUCGCUCCCGUUCUCAGCGUGAUAGAGAGCGACGCAGGAGGAGAGAGGACCUUGGAGCAUCGUCACCUUCUUCGGGCUCAGAGCAAGAACGUUGCAGAGACUCCCUUCUUGGUGCUAGUGGUGGAGAAUGUCGGCCCGUCUUUCCUGGUGCCAGGCACCGACCUCCACGUCGGAGGAAGCGGGAAUCUGUGUCUUGUGAGGAAGACAUCAUUGAUGGAUUUGCCAUUGCCAGCUUUAUAAGUUUGGAGGCUUUGGAGAUGGAUUGUUCUCUGAAGCCGCCAGAGCGAGCUGGUAUGUUGAUGGGGAGAGGGAGCAAAAGGAAGAGAGGCCUGGAUGAGAAUGGAGGGCCACUCACAGAGCCAGAGGAAGGAGCUCCAGCUACUUACACCACCAGUAGCUGGUUGACGCGUAGAAAUGAGAAGAAAAAGAGGGAGGCCAAGGUGUCAGGAAACUUCAUGGAGACAGGAUACAUUUGUGAUGCCGAGAGCGAGUCGGGGGAUAAGGCUUCUGACAAUGAUAUGGAGCCUACAUUCAUCGUUAGCACUAGAGAAGUGUCCUCCAACCCAGUAAGUAUGGCCUCUGCUGUGAGCAAUGGCUUGGCCAUGUUACCUUCAAACAGUGGGCCACCUCGUCUGGCAGUGACUCCCAGAGUCUCUGGCCUGGAACGUAGUCAGGAGAGGAGUCGGGAGCUGCCAUACCCUGAGGCCACUUCUACCUCAUCCUCACUUCUGUUACCCCGUUCUCCAGCCUCUGUCUCCACCUCACUGGCUGAGCAAAAUGGAAAUGCUGCACCACACCACCGUCAUGACUGCAGCCCCCCACAACAUAAACCGAAAUCGUUUCUCUCCUUUGCUGGCCGCUCACAAGGUGUCUACGGCAUGGGUAUUAUCAACAGUACCUCAGUCAAGCCUCCAUCUUCAUCCGCUCCUUCUUCAUCAAUCCGACCACCGACUCCCUCCACUAGUGUGCCUGCGGGCCGAGGCCCAUCUGGGCCAUCUGGUGUGCUGCGGCCUUCAUCGCGCCCAAGCCCUGGUGCGCUCUUCACCCCUCCACCUGGUCUCCCUCCACCUCCUCCUCUACUGCAGGUGUCCCCUCGCUCUUCAGCAGAUCCAGAACUGCUGAACUCACAUUUUCUGGCUGCUCAAAACACAGAGCGGGAAGGCAGAGCCUCUGGAAGCAGUGCUGGAGUGAGUGCUAACUCUGCAUCAGGUGGCGCCUCGGUUUCCUCCUCCAACUCUGGUAGCUCCAGCAGGGCAGUGCAGGCCCAGGCCUCUAUCCCGCCGAUGGCCUACCAAUUCCAUCAGCACAACCAUCAACACCAGCACACCCACACCCAUCAACACUUUCUGCACCCACCGGCUGCAGGUCCUCCAAUGUUUGAGAAAUUCCCAGGCAAGAUAGAAGGUCUCUUUCGACAUCCGUUUUAUCCUCAGUACCCACCACCUGUGCCUGGAAUCCAGCCUGUCCUUCCCCCAGCUGGACCAUUUAGUUCCUUGCAAGGAGCCUUUCAACCCAAGCUUGUUGCCCUCCAGGGAACUGCUCCAGAUAUGCCUGCUCGCCUGGGGGUUGUGCCUCCCCACCUCCAACCUAAAGACCCAAGGAUGCUCAUUUUGCUUCCACAGAUAACGGAUCCAUUUGCACCAUCACUAAAAGUCAGUAAUAAGCCUGGAAAGUGGUGUGCUAUGCAUGUGCGUGUGGCCUGGAUGAUUUUGAGGCAUCAGGAGAAAGUUAAGUUGAUGCAGGCAGAUCCUCAAAAGCUGGAAUUACGUAACGACUUGCUACCCCGACUCCCUGGCCCUGGUGGUAUUGGAGGAAUAGGCAGUCUAGGACCACUUGGAGGUCCUCUGCCUCCAACCCAUGAUCUCACUAGACCCGGCAGUCUCUUUGCAGCUGCUAGUGGAGUCAAUCCGUCCUCCACUUCCUUCAUCCCUCCAUCAACGCCCCACUCCUCUUUCCUCACCCCAGCAACACAUCUGGAUCCAUAUGGCCGCUCACCCCCUUUUCCACCGUUGGGAGCACUGGGUGCUGGUGCGUUUGGGGGACUGGGAAGCCCCUCACUGGGUGCUAGUUCAGUUUUUGGCCAUAAGGCAGAAUCCUCUGCAAGUGCAGUAGGAGGAUUGGGCAACCCACAUGAUCCAUGGAAUCGCUUACAUGUUGCCCCUCCUUUCCCCUCAGGGCCCUCUUGGGCCAAAGGACUAGAAAAAAGGGAUGACCGAGAUAGAGGAAAAGAUAUGGGAGGAAGAGAACUUACUCAAAUUAAAGAUGAAAAAGACAGGGACAGUCUUCUUUAUGGUCGUCAACCUGUACGAAUGUCCCCUGGUGCACUCAAGCACCGCAGCAGCACUCCCAGCUCUCACAUGAAUGGGCUGGGCCCCUUAAGUAUGGUUGCUGCUCAGUCUGAUGGACAUAACAGGGAGCGGGAGCGUGAAAGGGAAAGAGAACGAGAUCGGGAGUCAGACAAAAGACAGCAUUCAUCCUCCAGGAUACCAGCAUCAACCUCCUCAGCACCAGACAGACCUCGUUCAUCCACAUCGUCUGUUCUUGCAACCCCUCCUCCAAAUGCCCCAUCAGCAUCCUCCCCUCUGGACUUGUUAGGUAGACAGGCACAUGCUCUCAACUCAGAACCCUCACAUCCAUCCCAAAGAGAGAGUAGUGGUCCAGCGUCUUCUUCCUCCUCUGUCAGUUCACUUCCGGUCAAGAAGCCUGACCGGACAACAACUCCAGUUUCUAAGCCACCCACUAGUCUCCCUCCUGGGCUGCUUCAUCCCCCAGUGAAAGUCAAGGAGGAGAGAAAGGAGGAAACUGAUCCAGUGCCCAUCUCUCUACCGCAUUCAUCUGUACCUCAUAGUUUUGAUCGGCCUAACAGUCGCCACACACACCAUCCUUCAACUCCUUCCUCAACCCUUUCAUUGACUCCCACAACUGGAAUGCCUCUUCCUCCUCCUACUCCACACCCUACCCACCAUCAGCUUCCACUUCUGGAUCGCCCUCGAUUGACUCUUGAGGCUUAUCUUGGUGGAGCUGGUGGAUCAGCUGGACUAGUUGUAGGACCUCCGGCAGAUCGAUUUGCGGCUCAUACGCAUACACCACCUCAAGGCCAUUCACAAGCUCCUCACAGCUUCCCUUGGGAUCCCUGGAGGGAACUUGCUGCUCAGCAGCAGCAACAUCAGCGUAGAGAGAUGUUAGCCCAACGGCCCGAUCCCCAUCUUGCACUACGCACUGAUCCGCACUUGUCACGUCUACUUCAGCAUCAGCACGCCCGAUAUCUUGAGGCAGAGAGAGCAGCCGCUGUAGCGGCAGCAGUGGCAGUGGGGCCCCAUCAUCCAGCGGCACCUACCUCCACUUCAGCUUCAUCCUCCGCCACCCGGCCGGAGUUUGGGUUGAUGUCUCAUCCUUUUGAUCGCCCACCUCAGGUCGGUGGCCCUGGAGGUAGUUUGCUCGAUGAUGAACAGCGUGCUCAUAUAUUGCGUGAAGACUUUGAAAGAGUGCGUUAUUUUGGGAUGCAUCCACACCUUUCAACGCCUCACCUGCCCAGCCCAUCUCAUGCAGCCCACCUAGAACAGCUGCAUGCAGGCUUGUUGUCUCACACUCAGCUUCAUCCUCCAGGAGGCUCCACACCUUCACAUCAUCCCAGCCUCUACUCCCGCUUAGGCCCACUGCAUCCACAUUCUCAUGUUCCAAACGGAAUUCUCGCCAAGGCGCCCGGUCUAGUUGCACCAGGUCUAGUUGGGGCACCCCCUCCACUUAUUUCAUCUGUGACGAGGGCAUCCACUCCACCUCGCAGCUCCAGACUCGGUGGGGCUGGAGAUUUGUCCUUGUUUGGCUCGCAUAAGGAUGGAGAGUCCAGAUAGUACUGGGCAAGGCUAGAGCAACAGAUCUUUGGUCUUGAACUACAAACCUAGAAGUAGAGGUUUAAGCAGGACAUCCCAUGAAUCUACAGUGAUCAUGAGUGUUGAAAUGACCUGAGUGGAGGGCAGAGACACUUCAGAGGGCUGCUCAGUAUAUUUAUCCACUGUGGUUACAUUGGUGCAAUUUAAGGUACUCUUUUUCUCCCCCCUUCCAGUGCUUUUCAUUUAUACUUAGAAUUUUCGUAAAGAGGCCUGUGGAUGUUCAGAGACUAAAGACUAUGUUCUGUAAUAUGAAAUAUAUACAUUCAAGCCCAGCAGGGUUGUCUCCAGGUUGUGAUGGCUCCAGAGGUGUAUUCAAAGAUAUAGUUUGCAUUGUACUGCAUUGUGUGACAUAUAUAAUUCCCAUUUGUGAACUCAUGGCAGUAAAAAAUAUGGAGCUUAAGAUCUGCCUUUGAAGAAGUGGGAAAUGGAGUUGAAGACAGCUUAAUUAGUGCUUUUCUGUUUGUCUAGUGUGUGCUCUGUCUAUAACUAGAUUGAAGAAAUGGCACUGUUGGAAAAUGAACUUAAAGAAACACAUCGUCUGCUUUCUGCUCUCGGAGCAUCUACAGCAAGACCGUGAUCAGAGGCACAACUUCCAUGAACGUUAUAAUGAACGUCUGCAGAAUUAUUUUAUUUUAA